AUUAAUGAUCAGAGCUUACAUAGGUUGAUUGCCUACAAACCAAAACAUCACUUUUUGUGACCGAAUGUAGUAUUUCAAUUUUCGAACACUUACCGCUUCAAAUCAUCUUAAGUGAUAUUGGAGGGGAGGACUUGUUGGAUUAUGUUUCCCCUCUUUUUAGAUGGAAUAAAUCUUUAGUAGAAAAGAUAAAUUACAUUAUCAGUUUGCUUUUAAUUGUUAUGUAUUAAGAGCAAAUUUAAUCAGUUCCCAUUUUUUCACUGUUAUUUGCAGAGGCACUUAUAGAAGCAGAAGGCAAUUUUGUUUCAGUUUCUACAGUGUUGGAAACUCUUUGCAAAAUCAAAGUGAGAGCAAUGAAGGUGGGGCACUUUACUGCGAGAGACUGAAAAUAAUGAGUGGUAUCAGGUGUGGCAAUUGGGCUUCAAAGAUAUGAAGGGGGUUCCCGUGACUCGGGCAAGGGCAUCUCCAAGAAGAUGCAUAUGGAUAUCAGUGGCUAUAACAUGCAUUGCCAUGACUGUGAUCUGGGCUUAUCUCUACCCGCCCCAAGAUUAUACCUACCCUGUCAGGGACUGGUUCCCCGCAGAACCUACCCGGGAACUGACUGAUGAGGAGACUGCUGCUCGUGUUGUCUUUAGACAGAUCCUCUCUACACCUCCUUUUAUAUCAAGGAACCCAAAAAUUGCCUUCAUGUUCUUGACUCCAGGCCGACUACCCUUCGAAAAAUUGUGGGAGUUGUUCUUUAAGGGUCAUGAGGGAAGAUACACCAUAUAUGUUCAUGCUUCACGUGAGAAGCCGGAACAUGCCAGUCCCAUAUUUGUUGGUCGAGACAUACACAGUGAUAAGGUAAGAUGGGGUAUGAUUUCGAUGGUUGAUGCAGAGAGGAGGUUGUUGGCAAAGGCUUUAGAAGACAUAGACAACCAACAUUUUGUAUUGCUCUCUGACAGCUGUGUUCCUCUUCACAAUUUUGACUAUGUAUACGACUUCCUGAUGGGUUCAAGACACAGUUUUCUGGAUUGCUUCCACGAUCCUGGACCACACGGAGUUUUUCGAUACUCAAAAAAUAUGUUACCUGAGGUUCGAGAGACAGAAUUCAGGAAGGGUUCACAGUGGUUUUCAAUGAAACGGCAACAUGCAAUGGUGGUGAUUGCAGACAGUCUCUAUUACACAAAAUUCAGGCUUUACUGCAGGCCAGGAAUGGAAGAAGGCCGCAACUGCUAUGCAGAUGAGCAUUAUCUGCCGACACUAUUCAACAUGAUGGGUCCUGCUGGAAUUGCUAACUGGUCUGUGACUUAUGUUGAUUGGUCUGAAGGAAAGUGGCAUCCCAGAUCUUUCCGAGCUAAUGAUGUCACUUAUGAACUCCUGAAGAAUUUGACUUCGAUUGAUGUGAGCUACCAUAUCACCAGCGAUGAGAAGGUCCCUCCCUCCCUGUCAGAAUUAAUUUGCAAUUACUAUUUAUUGCGCACGUUAUGUGCUGUUGUUCUUGUUCUUGAGUGCAUGCAGAAAGAGCUCUUGCAGAGGCCUUGCUUGUGGAAUGGACUGAAGAGACCAUGUUACUUGUUUGCAAGGAAGUUCUACCCUGAAGCUUUAAACAAUCUCAUGAACUUAUUCUCCAACUAUACAAUUUUCUGAGUUCCCACAGGAAAGCAUACAUAUUUUUGGAAGCAUUUGACGUUUCAAAUUUUGUAUAUUGCUGGGGGAGUAGAUCUAUUUACAGUACACUAAUGUCGGUAUAGAAUAGGGGCGGAGUUGGCCUCCGCCAAAGCAAGUGUUAAGCUGUUGUUGCACCUGCCGAUAAGUUUUUCUAGGGUUAUUUUCAUUUUCUUAGGUUCCACUGUUACCUUUUUCCCGUGUUUUUGGUUAAUUCUGCCAAA